GAGGCCUGCUUCCGGUGCGGAGCCUAUUUCCGGUGACUGCCCGCCGGAAGUGCAGAAUAGAGGCUCGCGAGGCCUUCACAGUUGUCACGGCCUCGCACAUGGAGGAGCCCGUCACCUUUGAGGACAUCGCCAUCUACCUGAGCCGUGCAGAGUGGGACAUGGUUGCAGAGGAGCAGAGGGAGCUGUACUGCAGCGUCAUGCUGGACAACUAUGAGCUCUUGGCAUCACUGGGGUACCCAGGCCCCAAACCUGACAUUCUGCAUCGGCUGGAGCGUGGGGAAGAGCCAUGGGUCAACACACCGCAGAGCCCAGUGAAGUGGGAUGGACCUGACAGACCUUUUGGAUGCAGUGGGGGGAAGAGAUGGCUGGCAGAGUCGUGCUCCAGCAGGUGGCUGAAUGUUGACAAGCACAAAGUGAUGGAGGAGACACACACCCCCAGUCAUGGUGAGUGCUGGUCCUGCCCCAGGCUCUGCAGCUGA